AUGACGUGGCCAGAGGCUCAGCGUUACUGCAGAGAGAGAUUCAUUGAUCUGGCUACUGUAGACAGUAUGGAUGAUGUGAACAGGCUGGUAAAUGUAGUGGAUGCUGGAUACAAUGGAUCCGUUUGGAUUGGACUGAAGAGGGCAACACAGACCCGCUGGGCUUGGUCUAAUGGAGAAAACAAAACUUCUGAGUACUUCAACUGGGCUCCAGGACAGCCAAAUGAGGGUGCUUAUUGUUGCUUCAAACUCAGAUUUUUGUCUUCGCCUCUAUCAAUAGGAAAUGCUACAUACAUAAUACAGACUGCUAAAAACCAGAGCGAUGCUCAGAGCUACUGCAGACAGUAUUACACAGACCUGCCCACCGUCCACAACUCUGAGGAAAAUGACCAGAUUACUAAGAUUAUAAAACCUUCUAAUAACUUCUGGAUCGGUCUGUUCCUGGACUCUUGGGAAUGGUCUGAUACAUGGAGUCGCUUCUUCAGACACUGGGCAGCAGGUCCACCAUCAGCAUCUGGGGACUGUGUUGGCAUGUCAAGAACCAACUCUGGCAGAUGGGCUCAGUACAGCUGUAGACAACGGACUCCUUUUAUCUGCCAUGGAAGGCCUGUUGUACCCGAGUACCAGUUCAUGAAUCAAAGCAUGACAUGGCUGGAUGCUCAGAGUUACUGCAGAGCGAGGUUCACUGAUCUGGCCGCUGUUACAACUAUGAAUGAUGUGAACAGACUGGUAAAUACAGUGACUCCUGGACGCAGUGGUUCAGUCUGGAUAGGUCUCCAUGCUGUGGACGUGAAACGCUGGGUCUGGUCUAUGGGGGACAUCUCCCAGGAAAAUAUGUGGCAUCCAGGAGAACCCAAUGGUGAUGGAGAGUGUGUGAGGAGUUUUAAUGGAAGCUGGUAUGAUGAGAGCUGCAGCACCGUCCUCCCAUUUGUGUGUUUUAAUGACAGCGCUGGUUUGAUGAUUACACAUACUGCCGUCUCAUGGAGAGAUGCUCAGAGUUAUUGCAGACAACACCACACUGAUUUGGCGAGUAUCAGGCCAGAGCAGCAGAAUCUGAUUGGUCAUGAAUCAUCGCUCUGGAUCGGUCUGUUCCUGGACUCUUGGGAAUGGUCUAACCAAUGGAGCCACUUCUUCAGGCACUGGGCAGCAGGUCAACCAUCCCUGAGUUCAGGAUCUAGUAACUGUACCGGCAUGUCAUUAGCCGAUUCUGGAAAAUGGGCUCAAUACAGCUGUGAUGCACAGCAGCCUUUUAUCUGCUAUGGAGGCGAGUUUCAUUCAAACAAGUGA